AUGAAUCCAAUUUAUGAUCCGAUUGUAUUGCUUUUAGAACAUCCUUACAGACGUUGGAGUACAUGUGACAAAAACGAUUUACUUAGGCAAGGUAAACCAACUCCUUCUCUGACGUAUUUAUCUGCAGACAAAAUUGGCUCAAAAGAACCAUUACCUUUAACUCAAUGCAUUAGAUGCUCUACUCAUACUUUGCAGUUAUGCAUAGAUCAUUGGCUUAAGCAAUUUGCAAAUUUAAACAUUAUAACAAAAGCACAAAAAAUGGUGAAAACAAUAAGAACUCAGACAUAUGUUUCAUUACUAAAAAAAGAUGGUUUAAAACAGGCUAUACUUGAUAAUGUUACAAGAUGGAGUUAUAUACUAAUUAUUUAAUGUUGAUUAGAUUAAUUGAACUGAAAAAAUGUUGUGGAGAUCAUCAACAGAUAAACCAUGAUUUAAAGUUAAAUGAAGGUGAAUGGAGAAAAUUGAAUAUUUGAUUAAAUCUCUUGAAUUUGUCAAUUUAGCAACUUAAAUGCUUCAGAAAAGAAUCUUAACCUUAGGAGAUUUUUAUGAGAUUUGAAUUCAGACCAAAAAUAAAUUCAACUUUAUCACUGUCUAUUUUAAAUAAUAUGAAAACACAUGAACUUCAAUUGUUAGAAAAUGAUAUAUUUGUUUUAGCGAUUUAUAUGGAUCCAAGGUAUAGGUGUUUACUAACUGUUCUUAGUCAAGAAAAAGCAGUUAAUCACCUUUUGAAAACAUGAAAUUUAAUAGAAUCAUUAACAUAUAUUGAGAUAUGAAAUAUAUCUACUAUAUUUGGUUUUGUCCGUUGAAUUACAAAAUUCAGAAAUAUUUGCAAUUGAACCAAUAAUUAAUGAUACCACUGAUGAAAUAAUUGUUGAAGAUGAUAGUGAUGAAUUUGAAAAAUUCCUGCAAUACAAUUCUAAUGUACCUAUCUCAAAACUCUCAAGUGCCAAGUGCCAAUAAUAUAAUAACCGAAGUUCUAGUAAUAAUUCAUGGUUAAAAACAUAGUUGGAAGAUUUUUCAAAAUCUGAAAGAUUAAAUUAUAAGGAAGAUAUUGUUAAGUUUUGGAUUGAAAAGAAAGAUGAGAUGCCAGAAUUGUUUGAAUUAGCUCAAAUACUCUUAGCAGUA